GGGCCGAGCGCUCCUUCACUGACAGACAGUCCAGAGCACCUCCCCCAGACGACAAAUACAUAGAGAGAAGGACAAGAAGAAGCGGCUCUCAGGGAGUGUCCCGCCCGCCCGCUCUAUGCUGCCUCCUCCUCCUCCUCUCCUCCCUUUUCUCGCGCGUUGAGCUGGGUCGGGUCAUCCUUGCGAGCGCCGUUUGGGCAUGGCUGAGCAUUCCGUUGUCUGCUGCGGUGCCGUGAAGCAGAGGGAGAAAGGAGCAGGUUUCGCUCUUUAUUUGGAUCUUUAGGAGGCUUUGGAGAAUCUCUGAAAAGAUUAUUGAACCUGAUUCAAAAGAAAUACAGGCUAAUAUUGCCACUUAGUGGAUGACUCCUCUAACUGCAAUCUUGUUGAAAUAAAUGGAAGGCCUUUAGAUUCGCUUGUUUUUGACUUGCAUUUAGGUACAAGGAGGUUGGCUCUGAUCGGUUUGCUGGUAUGGGUAAUCUUCUUAAAGUCCUUACCAGGGAAAUUGAAAACUACCCACAUUUUUUCCUGGAUUUUGAAAAUGCUCAGCCUACAGAGGGAGAAAGGGAAAUAUGGAACCAAGUCAAUGCAGUUUUACAGGAUUCAGAAAACAUGCUUUCAGACCUGCAGUCUUACAAAGGAGCUGGACAAGAGAUUAGAGAUGCAAUACAAAACCCAAAUGAUAUCCAACUUCAGGAGACAGCCUGGAACUCAGUGUGCCCUUUGGUUGUGAGACUGAAGCGGUUCUAUGAAUUUUCUCUCAGACUAGAGAAAGCACUGCAGAGCUUACUGGAAUCCUUGACCUGCCCUCCAUAUACACCAACUCAACACCUGGAGCGAGAGCAGGCCCUCGCAAAGCAGUUUGCAGAGAUCUUGCAUUUUACUCUCCGUUUUGAUGAACUCAAGAUGAGAAACCCAGCAAUUCAGAAUGACUUCAGCUAUUAUAGGAGGACGUUAAGUCGCAACAGAAUAAACAAUAUGCAUCUCGGCAUUGAGAGUGAAGUGAACAACGAGAUGGCUAAUAGAAUGUCCCUGUUUUAUGCAGAAGCUACACCAGUGCUGAAAACAUUGAGCAAUGCCACAACACAUUUUGUUGCAGAAAACAAAACUCUACCAAUUGAGAACACAACAGACUGUCUAAGCACGAUGGCCAGUGUAUGUAAAGUCAUGCUGGAAACACCAGAAUACAGAAGUAGGUUCACCAGUGAAGAAACCCUUAUGUUCUGCAUGAGAGUGAUGGUUGGUGUAAUUAUUCUCUACGACCACGUUCAUCCUGUGGGAGCUUUCUCCAAGGCCUCAAAAAUUGAUAUGAAAGGCUGUAUAAAGGUUUUAAGGGAAGAGCCGCCAGACAUUGUUGAAGGGCUUUUAAAUGCUCUCAGGUUCACCACGAAACAUCUGAAUGAUGAAUCUACUUCAAAACAAGUUCGAGCUAUGCUUCAGUAGUGCCCUCCUUCCCUUUGACAAAUGGACUUUUGUAUUAUUUAGAGGAGAUGUUUGUUUACAUAAUUUAAUAGUCUGUGGUGUUAAUACAUAUGCAUAUUUUACAUAACAUAAGAACUAGUUUUAUUCCUGUUGCUGCAAUAUGCAGAUUUGUAUCGAUAACCUGACUGACUCUGUGUGGCACAGCAUCUAGUUACAUGCUAGUCUUCAACAGUUUUAAAAGGUACCUUAAUUUGAAUAUAUAAAUAACAAAAUUGUCUAUGUGCCUUGCUUUUUAUGUGUUUUAUUGGUUGGCUGUUUUUGUGUCUGGAUGUAUGCAGUAAUACUUUAGUGUGGUCUCUGAGCAGUUCCACAAAUGGAAAUGUGCUUGUGAAGAUCUGAGUGUGAAACCUUCUAAAGGAGGGAUGGGGGAUUUGUGGCCCUCAAGAUGUUGUUGGACUCCAUCUUCCAUCAGCACCAUCAUCUCUGAGGGGAGACUCUUCUGACUCCAUUCAUCUAGAUCUUUAUAGUAUUGAGUGCAUGCGCUGUGGAGCUGUCAACAUGUCCCAGCCACUGACACUAAUUAACAUACUAUUUGUGUGGGGUGUGGGAGCUCUUGCCUUGGGGAGAGAAUCUCCUUUUCCUGACAGAAUUUUAGCAAAUUUUGCACUGAAACCUGUGCAUGCAUGUCUAGUUUUCAAAAUGGUUUUUAAAUUUAUAUAGUUUUGUGUCUGCAGUGUGCCUUUUGGCAGAUAGUUGGAAUAUAAAUUAUUGAUAUAAACUAAUAUGGUCCUGUUUUGGGUGUGCUCAUCUCAGCUUAUUAAACCAGGAUAUGCAUACGCUUUUUUGUUAGUCUGCUCUGGCCUUGCACCACCUCUUCACUCCUGCCUUUUUGGCACGUCACAGUUCACAAUACUUUUCCUGGUUAAGUAACUUUGCCAUUACAUCUAAACCAAGGUCGGAACAAGCCAGGAUCUUAAACCCACUUCAAACAGGAGGCAGGAAGGAGCAGUGUGAGGACAGAGUGUGCGGGCAUAUACAUUGGAAUGUAACCUGAGAUGUACAUUGGAAUCAGGCCAAUAGUGGAACUGCACAGAGGACCAAUGAGCGAUAGUCAGUGCUGUUGUAUAUAUCUUUGCUUAGUUUUAUAUGCUCUUUAUCAUACGGAUGGCACUGAGAGUGGCUUUGUUUGUGUAUAGGAUUUUCUGCUUUUCUCUUAGUGAUUCUCUCCACUGCUCAGAGAAUUAUGCAUGUAAUGAGAGAUACCACUCUUAUUUUUACAAUACAACAUACGAAUGUUGAGCUUCACAUUUGUGCCACUUUUUCCUACCAUGAACAUCUAUGGUUAAGGGUUUAGAUUUAGCAUAGGCCCAGCUCAUCUGGAAGAGAUUGCCUAGGUGCUAUUAUUUUUGACACCAUACAGUACCUUCACAUUAUUUCAGGCUCAUUUAGAGCUACUUGAACUGAGUCUAGCUCAAUAACCUCUAUUGUUGUUUUGUACUUUUUAAGGCUAUAAAGCUGCCCUUAUGGUUCAGUUGAUCCAUGUGGCAGAGUAAACGUUUUGAAAAUAAACACAAAACAAAUGAUAAGCAGCUUUCUCUUUUCUCAGUUACUGCAUUUGGAAGUGACAGAUAUAAAGUCCCCAUUAUAUUUCUGCCAUAAUUGCUGCCAAGAAAGGGAACUAGUUGGGCACAGAAUCACAUGAGAAGCUUCCAAGGAAUUAGGGAGGUGUUGACCAAAUCGGUAGAUGUCUUUUUUAUUAUAGGCUACAUGCUGUGGUUAAAGCACCAUCACCAAGACAGUUGUUGGUGGGAAGCUACUCGAGAAAACUAAUGCUUACACAAGUCCUUUUUUCUAGCAGCAACUGUGCCACAGAAGUAAAAAAAAUCGGAAUUUGACUCACAAAUGUAUUACUAAACAAACAAACAAACAAGGUCUCUCUCUCGUGCUUUGUUGCCAUGAUAUGUGGAUGUGUAUUGCUAACAAAUGAACAAACAGGGUAUCUCUGUUCACGCAUGCCAACUCUUUGCAUGAUUGGGGAAAACCAACUGGAAAUAUGUAUUCCCAGAAUGCACAUGUGAAGCCAUACUCCAUGAGUCCCAAAGUUGUAUAUUGGUUAGCUGAAGUGUGGUCUAGUUGCUAAUAAUUCCCUAUUUUCUUGGACACUUCAUAUUGCGUACUUAUAAUGACAUGAGAGCAUAGCUCUUUACUAUUGGUAACCAAAUGUACAGGUUUCCUUAUGUUCUGGAAUGAGAGCCAACUUUCAUAUGCCAACCACCUUGCACAGCACUGACUUUCUCAAUAUUUGCAUCUUAUGGGGAUUGUUGUGCUUUGUUGUGCCACUCAGAAGUUGAAGGUGUUUAGACAAUAAUAGAGGGCAAGAAGGUAGGGGCAAAAUGAUUCCAUUGUGUAAGUGUUGAAUUGCUUUCAAGAUUGCCAUCAAAUUCCUUUUAUUGCUGUGUAUGACAAUUGGCCACUGUGUAAAACCUGAGAGUUACAUUUCAGUUCUUGGCUGUGCAGAGUUCCCAAAUGUGACACAAGAAGUAAAGAUUAUUCACUGA